AAUCUCAACCACCACCAUGAUGAAGGCUGUGUUUGCUGUGUUGUCCAUCUUCGUCCUUGUGGCCUCUGUCUUGGCCAGUCCCAUGCCUGAACCUGGCUAUCGUCGCUAUGGUGGCUAUGGUGGUGGCUAUGGCGGCUAUGGUGGCGGAUAUGGCGGUGGAUAUGGAGGUGGAUAUGGAGGUGGAUAUGGAGGUGGAUAUGGCGGUUAUGGCGGCUAUGGCGGUGGAUAUGGCGGUUAUGGCGGUGGAUAUGGUGGAUAUGGGGGUCAUGGUGGCUAUGGAUAUGGACGAGAACAGAAGGACUUUAUAGCAGAGCUGGAGACUAAUGGUUCUCCAGACUUGUCUUGUAUGUGUAUAUGUUCUUGUGUUGAUAAAGACGUUGUUUACAUCCGUCAGAUGGUUGCUGGGGUGUUCGUUUUCCUGCUUCUGGCUCUGGCUUUGACUGAUGCCAUGCCCUACCCUGGCUUCUUCGGCUUCGGGAAGAAGAAAGGCGGCGGUGGAUACGGUGGAGGUGGCGGCCAUCAUGGUGGCGGUGGUGGAUAUGGUGGUGGUGGCGGCCAUCAUGGUGGCGGUGGUGGAUAUGGUGGAGGUGGCGGCCAUCAUGGUGGCGGUGGUGGAUAUGGUGGAGGUGGCGGCCAUCAUGGUGGCGGUGGAUAUGGUGGCGGUGGAUAUGGUGGCGGUGGCGGCCAUCAUGGUGGCGGUGGUGGAUAUGGUGGAGGUGGCGGCCAUCAUGGUGGCGGUGGUGGAUAUGGUGGAGGUGGCGGCGGCUACGGUGGCGGCCACCAUGGUGGCGGUGGAUAUGGCGGUGGCGGCUACGGUGGUGGCGGAUAUGGUGGCGGCGGCGGCUACGGCGGUGGCGGCGGCUAUGGGCAUUAAGGUGAUCGCCGUGUUGUCCAUCUUCCUGCUGGUGGCCUCUGCCAUGGCCAGCCCCAUGCCCGAACCUGGCUAUCGUAGAGGUGGAUAUGGCCAUGGUGGCGGUGGAUAUGGUGGAUACGGAGGCGGUUAUGGGGGUGGAU